AUAUUUUUUUAUUUUAUUGUAAAAUUUAAAAAUGAAAAAAACAUAGAGAAAAUAAAAAGAGAACGUCCAUGGUGUUCCUGCCUGUCAUGACGCAAGUGAUCAAGUCAUGAGGAUAAAUGUCGUGCUCCAAUUAUACACACUUCAAUGCAGCCUUCUCUUUCUUGGUGUUUCUUCCAUUUUCUUUUUGUUUCUUUAUUCCAAAAUCUUCCAAACACUUCUUCGUUAUCUCAGAGUGAGGUUAACAAUGACGAACACAACAACAACACACGUAAGAACUCGCUAAGGGAGGAAACUUCUCUUGAACUCCAGAAAAUCAAAUCAAAGCUUCACUCAUCAUUCUUUCUUCUUCUUCUUCUUCUUCUUCUUCUUCUUUCUCAUGGCACAAAAUCUUGAUCUGUGUCGUCAGCUCCACGUUUUUUUCUUUCCCUUCAUGGCUCAUGGCCAUAUGAUUCCAACAAUAGAUAUGGCGAAGCUGUUUGCUUCACGAGGACUAAGAGCUACAAUAAUCACCACUCCUCUCAAUUCACUUCUCUUCUCCAAAACAAUCGAAAGAAGCCAAGAUUUGGGUAUGAAUAUUGAUCUGCUUAUCCUCAAGUUUCCUUCAAAGGAGGCUGGAUUACCAGAAGGAUGCGAGAACAUGGAUUCCAUCACUUCCCAUGCCAAUGGCGAAGAAUUGAUCAAAAACUUUUUCCAGGCUGCAUCGUUGCUUCAAGAACCUCUUGAAAGUCUCCUCCAAGAAUGCAAACCCGAUUGCCUUGUUGCUGAUAUGUUCUUCCCUUGGGCUACUGAUGCAGCUGCCAAGUUUGGAAUUCCAAGGUUAGUGUUUCAUGGAAUGGGUUUCUUUUCUUUAUGCACCCAAGUGUGUCUAUACCAAUACAAGCCAUACAAGAAUGUUUCCUCGGAUUCAGAGAGCUUUGUUGUGCCUCAUCUUCCUGGCGAGAUAAAGUUGACGAGAAAGCAACUCCCAGAUAGUAUUAGAAACGAGGUUGAAACUGAUCUUACAAAAUUGAUGAAAGCUGUUGUAGAAUCAGAAUCAAAGAGUUUUGGUGUAGUUGUCAACAGUUUCUACGAGCUAGAACCUGCUUACGCUGAUUAUUACAGGAAGGUCUUGGGAAGAAGAGCAUGGCAUGUUGGCCCAGUUUCGCUAUGCAAUAGGGGAAUUGAAGAUAAAGCACAAAGAGGAAAACAAGCUUCCAUUGAUGAACACGAGUGUUUAAAAUGGCUCGAUUCCAAGAAACCCAACUCUGUUAUCUACAUAUGUUUUGGAAGUGUGGCCAACUUCACUGGCUCUCAGCUUAUGGAGAUUGCAAUGGCUCUUGAAGCUUCAAGGCAGCAAUUCAUCUGGGUAGUGAGGAGAGAUAAAAACAAUAAAGAAGAUGAAGAGAAAUGGUUACCUGAAGGAUUUGAACAAAGAAUUGAAGAUAAAGGGCUCAUUAUAAGAGGAUGGGCACCACAAGUUCUGAUUCUUGAUCAUGAAGCCGUUGGAGGAUUUGUGAGCCACUGCGGAUGGAACUCUACACUUGAAGGGAUAACUUCUGGGAAGCCAUUGGUGACAUGGCCUGUAUCUGCUGAGCAAUUCUACAAUGAGAAGUUGGUGACAGAUGUUUUGAAGGUUGGGAUUGGUGUUGGGGUUAAGGAAUGGGUGAGAUUGCAGGGAGAUUUUGUUGAAAGUAAAGAUAUAGAGAAAGCAAUCAGUCGAGUUAUGGAGGGUGAAGAAGCAGAGAAGAUGAGGAUCAGAUCAAAAAAGUUGAGAGAAAUGGCGAGGCAAGCUGUUGAAGAAGGUGGAUCCUCUUACUCUGAUUUCAAUGCUUUGGUUGAAGAGCUGAGGUGGCGUCGCCCAUGAAAAAACUUUGGGAAAAUUCUCAACAUUCAACCCAUAAAAUGUUAUGCACCGUUUCAAAUUCACAAAGGAUUUUUUUUUUUUUUUUUCUGAUUGGAA